GGCUCGGGGCAGGGCACCAUCUACGACUAUGGUGCCCUGACCAUCGACGGGGACGAGUAUAUCCCGUUUAGGAAUUACGCAGGGAAGAUGGUGCUCUUCGUCAACGUGGCCACGUACUGAGGCCUCACCCUGCAGUAUCUUGAACUGAAUGCACUACAAAAUGAGCUGGGGCCCUACGGGCUUGUCGUCCUGGGCUUCCCCUCCAACCAAUUUGGGAAGCAGGAACCCGGCCAGAACUCGGAGAUCCUCCCUGCGCUGAAGUACGUCCGGCCAGGUGGUGGCUUUGUCCCCAACUUCCAGCUCUUCCAGAAAGGGGACGUGAAUGGGGCCAAGGAGCAGAAGGUUUACACCUUCCUGAAGAACGCCUGUCCCCCGGUGGCGGAGGAGUUUGGGAACCCCAAGAACCUCUUCUGGGAGCCUCUGCGGAACCACGACAUCAAGUGGAACUUCGAGAAGUUCCUGGUGGGCCCCGACGGCGUGCCCGUGAUGCGCUGGUACCACCGCGCCAACAUCGCCGUCGUCAAGAACGACAUCAUCGCCUACAUGAGGCAGCUGCAGGAGCAGGGCCAGUAG